AUGUUUAGAACGGCGUCAGUCGAGGGCUCCGGGCCGAGGACGCCGCCCGCCUACGCCCCACAUCCACCUUACAUCCCACCCCGCUUCUAUCCGCCACGGAUCCGACCACCGCCGCCGCCCCAAUACUGCUUCGACGCCGCCCGCUUCGCCUGCGAUGCAUCCAAGCCGAGAUACUUGGACGUCGAGAGGGAGCGUCUGGUCACGAGAUGGUUGGCAGAAGCGAACGAGGCUAUGAUCCGAAGAGAUCGACCACCCAGAUACAAGCCUCGGAGUAGCGAGCGAAGACCGGAUUUCUUAGAGCGAAGACCAAACGCGCCUGAAUGGGCAGACAAUUUUCUUCUUGGAAGACGGAACGGCUCUGUCGAGCCCGAAGACGAUGGAAGUGAUGUGAUGACGUUGAAAGAGUUUGUGGAUAAGUUCUCCUUGCCUCGUGUGGUGAAAAUAGAAGGGGAGGAUAGGUCAGUGCUUCUGUAUAGAGUGUUGGAAGCUCAUAGGAGAGUGGAGGCGGUGCCGCUAUCUGGGAAGAAAGGAAAACUAGUUGGAAAACCGCUGUACAUCCCGGACUCUUAUGAUGGAUGGUUCUCGGCGUGCGGAUGCCGUGGCGGGGCGCUCGCUACGGCCCGGGGGUCCAUCGCAGCACUGCUACGUACCAGAGCGUUCGCCCUAGUUUCUCCUCGUGCAAUAUCUGCUUACCGUGCGCGGCCGGCUUCAGAGAACGGCAGAGUGGGGGCACAGUACGAGCGGGCGGCGGCUCGGCCCGGAACGCCCUUGCGUCUCGCUGGUGUGUUCGCGGACGGCAGCAAAGCAAAAGCGCCGAAAUAUGCCCAGCUUAUUGAUCCGCAGGGAAACGAACUCUUCGUGCCAAUAAACACCAAGGGAGAGCUAUACGAGGUUUGCCCUGAAGAGCUAUCUCCCGCUGAAUGGGAAGGCGAAGGUGGCGCGCCUCCACCUCCUGAAGUGGCUACACGUGCCCAUCGUCUGCCACAUCUGCUAAGUCUUUGGCGACUGCCGACUAGGGUGCGGCUGCUAGCCGGCACUGUGCCCAUUGAAAUGGCGCAUGAUGUUGGAGAAGAUCUUCUGCUGCGAGCUGCUAUAACGGAACCAGUUUUGGUGAUGUGUUCGCUUCCUGAGUAUGGUUCUAUGCCAUCAAGUCCCAGCAAACAAGUCGAUCCUCGGCACCAUACGAAAGAAGCUUUACAAUUGAUACCAUUAAACAGCAAUGUUAAAGUUCGCCGUACGCAGCUCGGUUUCGAAAGCGAGAAACGAAUGUUCCUCUCCGCUCGCCUCCAGAAAGCUCUAACUUUCUGUCAACUAAACGUUGACAACUGGAUCAGGCAGAUCUCUUAUGCCAACUCAACUGUCGUCUAUAAAGCGAAGACGGCCGAGGACCUAAUUAAAGAAGAUCACGAACCUGUUAAGUUUGAAAAAGAACGAAAAUUCACUCUCCAAGGUUUGAAGAUAGACCCAUCACGUUUAUUCGGCAAAAGUGAGAAAGUUCUUAAAGAUAUACCUGAUGAAACUGAAGGUUCUAUAAUAUUUUUAAGCAAAAACGAACUCGAACACAUGAAUUACGACGUAUAUAGCGAUGACGAGGGUAAAGAUGAAAAGAUUGAUGAAAAAGGUGAUCAAGAACAAUUCUCCAGUGACAAAAUGCAAGUUUUCCGCGAAGACUCUGGUCAAAAAAAGACCAAAUGGUUUAAAAAUUUAAAACUGCUAAAAAGCACAGAGAAACUAGAUGAUAAAAUAACUGUUAUUGAAAGUAAUGAUAAAUACAGGGACGUGAAGGACCCAUUUGAUCCUUUAGGUGAAAAGCACAGUUCUAUUGAAAGAUACCAAGACAUGGCUAAAUUAAUAGAAGAUCGAUUUGGUGCAUCCAGAAAGAGUGACGGUACUGCCGAAAAGAGUCAUUCUUACAAAAGUCUCACGACGUCUUCGUCAGAAAUGGGUACUAGCCAGUGCAGUUCCAGCCACAAAAAACCUGUUUUAACCAAAUCCGUUUCAGUGCAGACCGGUAUGCCUGAUAGCCCUUAUACAGAAAAAGAUAGCGGUAUUAAUAUGAAACAUGAUCGAAAAAACCUUAGCGUAGAUCAAAUAAAUUACUGCGGUUCAAUGGAAAGUAACUCUAGUUCCGGACGUAAACUUAAGUCUUUAGAUGAAAACAUGCUCAAAAAGUCAUCAGCCACUAAGUCUUCAACAAACCUUGAAAGACGACAAAGAAUACAGCCUGAUUUAAUUCCAGAGAAAGCCAUUGUAAAAUCUGAGUCAUACAAUCAGAUACAAAGCUGUGAAGAUAUUAAUAUGUUUGUAGCAGGUUCUCUAUAUAACGACAGUGACUUUGAAAUUAAUUAUAAGCAGCAUUCUUUCAUAACAGAAAAAUUGUGUUCAGAGUUUCAUGUCAAAACCAAAAGAGUUCUCAGUAAGUCUACCUCUAAUUUGCUUCAUCCUAAAAAGCCAAAUGAAAAGAAAGAAGGAAGUAAUAGCAACAGCAUGCCAACAAAAACUGAACGUUCGAAUGAUAGCGAAAAACUUGUCAAUUUUAGGAAAAAGAUAGAUAAACCAAGAGCACCUACACCAAAGUCAGAAAAUGAAGAUGAAAUUACACCUUUAGAUAUAUCAGAAGAACCUCAAAGACAAGUUAAAAUAAGACGAUCUAUAUCAUCAAUACAAAAGAGAAAACUGCCUGUAAUAGAAGAUUUACCGUAUGGUCAAGUUGCAGAUGCUGUAAAUGAUGAAGAAGAAAAAAUUGAAUCCGAUUCAAGUUCUGACAAUAUUUACGCAGAAAUUUGUACACCCAAUGCGAAUAAACUGAAAGAAGAAGAAAACUAUGAUAACAGUAUUGAUAUUUUAGCUACAGAUCCUGUCAUUUGCAACGUUAAAAAAGAAGUAAUUAUACGCAAUGAUGAAAGGGCAAGGCAGAUGAUAGAAAAUCAAGAAAAUCCUUUUAGACACAUCGAAGUAGUUGUUAUAGAAAAGACUACAGAUUUUGAGUUGGAUAAUUCAAGUGUUGCAUCCAGUGAAUCCGACGAUGUGGCAAGUAAGAAUGAUGUUUCCAUAGCUAUUGAUUCCUGGGAACGUGAUAAAGCACCUUGCCAUUCAGAUCCAAAAAAUCACGCCAUAAGAUUAGAAAUUACGAGCAAUAUGGAAGAUUAUCCAAUAGAAAACGAGAAAAACUGCCUAGAAGUGAAUGAGGUCCGUCUAAUAAAAGAUAAUUCGUUAAGUUUUAGCAACAGUAUCCAUUUGAAUGGUACAUAUCCCAACGAGGCCAUUUAUGAUACUUUAAAAUAA